AUGGCUACUUCAAUAAAUAUGGGCUAUUCAGGGUAUGUUGAUGCAUAUGGCAGACCUAUUGGGAAUGAUGUUAAUAAAUGGUUUCAAAACGGUGUAAGACCAGUAGGAAUAGAUACAAGCCGUAAACCUUGUUCACACUUAACAGUAUGCUACAUAUUUUUAGGAAUUACCUGUUUUAUUCUUAUAUCUGCUGCUAUUAUAGUACCUCUUGUUAUUUCAUCAAUAAAUAAAAAUGAUAACUAA